UGAAUGUGAUACAGUUCCUUAUUCAUAUGACCUGAACCACUCAAUGAAGGUCCAAGCAUGCCGGCUCUGGAGAACAAUAGAUACAUCAAGACUCAAGUGCUUUUAAAAGCAAUUUCAUAUCCCACACCUCGAACGCUCAGAAUCUAGCAUGACGAAACCUGCACAACGUCCCUGCACCUCAAACGACAACCCUCACUUCCCAAUCAGCCAAUGGGAGAACCGUGAUUCCUUGUGCACAUUCACCGGCCUCGUCGACAGCAUGCCAGUCCUCGAGGCCCGGGUUCUAGAGGCAGAGCAGCUCCUUGACCGCGCUGCUACCAUUAUGACUAGGGUGUUACCCGAUCUACGCGAAACGUGUUUAAUGCGCGAGCAACUAGAGUUCUCUUAUUUCGAGAAAAUGAAAGUCAAGAAGGAACUUUGGGAUGGAACAGCACAGCUGGAGAGGGAGCCGCGCAGGUAUAGGAUCAGAUGGCUGAAAGGCGAGAGGAAGAAGGCGCGCGUGGCGACUUGGGAGCAAGCAAAUCACUCCAAUAGAGACAAUGAUCUUUCGGAGUCGGACUAUUCAAAAUACUCAACGAAAUCUGAUUCCGAGGGGACAUUGUGGUCCACAGAUGAAAGUGUAAAGCCCUCAAGUCGCAAGAGGUCGCGAGAUGAAGAGCCGGAGAGGAAGAAGAGAGCGAAGAAAGAUUCAACUUGACCCGAAGUUUCUAUGCCUUACAUUGUAUCAAAACACAUCUCUCAUCUUACUACCCUAGUAAACUCUGUUAAACAUUCAAUUGUACUUAAACCAGCGACGAGUGCUCAAGUAACGGAUCCAGUUGACUGGGCCUUGAGGUGUUCAAAUUACAUCGUUGUGUUA